AUGGCAGACGCUGCGAACAUGGCUUCAACGACGCCCAAACCCACCGCGACAGUACCACAUCGCCAGGAAGCACCACAAGCUCCUAUCCCAGAAGAGCUCAUGGUCGAGACUUUUCCAGGAAACGGAGCAGUGCUUCCCGACAACCCAGGCCUAGCUCUCUUCUCUACCAAUAGUGGACAGCGAGCAAAACGUAAGAAUUACCUGGGGCAGCCAAGGCAAAUCAGAUCCGAUCGCCGAGAUUCCAUCAUCAACAAGGCGACGAGCCUGCGAGAACAAUAUGCUGAGCUGUGUAUCAGUAUCACCGCAAGUGAUCUCAAAGAUCCAGGUCUCCUUCAGAAGUACUAUGACAAUUUUGACAUUCAUUUUUACAGUCCUAAAUUUCUGUUUGAUUUGCUCAGCUAUAUUGUCAAGACCAACGAAUUCUGCAGAGACGAGCGAGCGGCCGAGGUUGAUCGAAUCUCUCGCUGGUGGAUCGCACAAUACCCAGAAGCCUUUGACCUGUUCGAGUCGGAUCACCAAUGGUUCGACCUCUUUCCUGGCGAUGAUUUUAUUCAGCAGCACGGGUUUCCGUUCCUUUGGGAUACAUUCUGGAGGAUCGCCAGCAUCAAGGAAGCAGAAACAGUUGCUAGGACAAUGGGGAACGUGUCUACAGAUAUUGAGCCAAAGCCAGCAGAAAGGGGCACAAGAGCCAAGCAAGACCGUCUUCAGAUUAUUAUCCCUCCUCCACGCCCUAGACGCUUGUCAGCCCCUCAGCAACCACAUUCUGUUGAAGCCAUGCGAGCGCCAGUUCGGGUUCCGCCUGUUCCUAAUCCGGCUGCAUUGUAUGGAACACUUCAAACAAGGAACCCCUCAGGUGGUGUCUAUCCAUCUGACGGAAGCCUUCCAUCCAGCAUCUCAGGUCAACGCGUCGGGUCACACGGUUCAGGGCCUCAUCCUCCUGUCUUCAUGGCCAGUCAAUCGCCAGUGAUCUAUCAACCAUUCGGCGGACCUCCUACCGGAUAUAUAGGCUCACCUGCAACUCCGGUCAGCGGGCGCUACGAAGGUUCAAGGAUUCCGGAACAUCCCCCUCCAAAGCGUGGAAGGCACACUCAUAGCGAUUCUAUCCAGGAUACCUGGAACUCUGAAUACGGUGCAUACCCUCGAGUUAUUGAACGGUCCAACCCAAUUCGUCAUAGCAAUCCUCCAGGUUCACGUUUUUCGCCAGCAAGCAUUCCGCGCGAAUUUCCUCCAGGUCCAAGCAAAGGGCAACGAACCAACCAGAAACGGCCGUCUUUUAGUUCGGAGACUUAUGAACGCCCCUCUCGAUAUAGAGGUGACAUGAACCGCCCAACAAAUGGCAUGCAGCUUGACUAUCGACCGCCUCAACGACCUGGUCGCACGGCUUCCUUUAGCCAAGGCCACCAACAAAAGGCUUAUGAUCCUCCUGUCCAUGGUUUUGAUGGUAUUGAGAACGUUCGUAAUAUGCCGGGCUUAGACGAGGAUUGGCCGGCGCCUUCUGCUCUCAACCCUUUUGCUAUAGCAGAAGUUCAGGAGGGCAGCUCCACAUUUGCACCAGUUAUCGGUAAUACAAUGUCGACAACCCCUACUCGCCAAAAAUAUCUGCGGCGAGGGGAUAGAUCUUCUCAAAAAUCUCCAACAAAGUCACUUCGUCUGAAGUCAUCGCGUGAUACAUUCAUUCACAGCCAAUUUCCGAGCUCUCGAGGUAGCCCAGAGAAAUCUACCAACCAUGACGCGUCAGUAGAACGUAAGUUGUGGAUUGGUAAAAUUCCUCCGCAGAUGCGUCGGGGCGAGCUAUUGAGCGUGCUCGCACACAUACCCGGUUUUAUCGACGUGAUGGAGCCUCGUUCGACCAGUACUGGUACACGUCGCUGGACAUUCGCAGAGUUUGCGACUCAGGAAGAUCGAGACUUAAUUUUUGAACAAUCAGACCGAAAUAAUUUCACCAGCUGCGAGUUUAUCAUGAAUUUGCCUAGGCCACGAGGUUUCGGUAGGUAUUCUAGGCCUUACCCUUACUCAGACAAGUCACAACGUGAGAUAGAAGAGCAGCCCCAUAAGCUUCAAGAGGCUUAUGACAAUACUGAGAGCAUAACAAACAAACAAUCUGUAAAGACUCAAAAGCGACCUCAGAAUGCACGGUCGUCACAAGAUUCUGUCCAGCAGGAAGCGGUGCCGAAAAGCUAUGACAUUGAGGUGGGGGUCGACACGGCUUCAUCUCAGGCCCGACAUGUUCACCACAAUGCAGGCGUUGGGGAGAGUCUUGCAUCGGCCUCGUUGAAAAGCAGUGACGGUCCGCCGCAGUCCACACAAGAUAGUCUCGAAGCUACAAAACAAGGUCCUUCGAUGCCGGCAGUCAAAGGCAAGAAGUCAAACGAACAACCGACGGCUAAACCAUUGAAAGAAGGUAAAACUCGAUCCAAUGCAGCGACUGAAACCACCGACGCACCCAAAGGAGCUCAAGCUCGUCCACUUGACAUUAAAGGCACUUCUACAGAUUUUCCCCCUUUGUCCAAACUCAUCAAACCAGCUAUUCCCCUCGUGCCCAUCGCAUCCAAACCUGUGCAGAAAAGCAAGUCUUUCGCCCAAAUCGUUGGCCCAACGAAGUCCCCAGUCAGUAGCAGCACUCAGAAUGCGCCAAAAGCCGACGACAGUGUGAAAGUAAGCGAAAUAAUCGAGACAAAAGUUGAAGGAGAACCGAGUGUCGCAGAGGACAAGGUUCAAGACGAAGCCAAGAACAACUCCGCACCAUUGCAAACUCCAACUGCACUGGUCGAGAAGCCUGAGGGAGCGGAAUCCGUACAUCAUGAGGGUGCCACAAGUCAGUCUGCCGGAGACAUCGAAUUGGACGACACCAAACGAACGCCUUCAGUUCAACAUGCUCCCCUGGCGUCAAGGGAUCAACUUCGUGAAGAGAUAUCAUCAGAUGUUGCGCAAACGAAGACACCCAAAACGCCCAAACUAAGCGUCAAUACACCACAUGCGGUCGUUCCUUCAACACCAGACCAGCUUUCUCAAGAGGAUUCCCAACCAAUGACCCGUGACUUGAGUAGGACGUUGGAUACAGGGGGAAGCUUCUCUCCUGGCCAAGGAGUGUCAACCGAAAUGACCACAUUUGAGCAAUCACCUACAGCUGAUGACAAGUCGGACAACAACGUAGCAUCGAAUAUCCAGAAGAACGAUCAAUCUGACGAAGCCCUGAAUGCAAACGCUCUUCGGACUCGCUUAGAAGAUGCAGCGCGUCGUGAGAAGGCCGUGCAAAUGGCGGUCAAAGAAAAGAACACUGAAGCUUCCGUGCAGCCAACUUCUACAAAGCCGCAGGAGAGUUCCACAGAAGUCCCAACGCUGGAGAUCCCCAAGUCAAAUGCAUCCACAAUUCAGUCACCCCCGCCCGAAAGCCCUUUGAAAGAAGCUUCACAUCUGAUAGAGGCGCAAACAGAAAGCUUAAUCAAAGCCCAAAAGCCUUUGACCCCUAUUGCUGGGCCUGGGCCGACUCAUAAGAAGAAACACCGAUCUCGGGUCACUACACCCAGCAAAAAGUCUUUGUCAUCUAGCAACGUCCCACCACCAGAGUCCAAGACAUUAGCAUCCGCUUCAUCAGCUGAGGCAACCGCAAAGAGCCAAUAUCCAAGCAUGACGAGUGAUCGAGUCACCGUUGUGUCCCUUCCUGUCCAAGACAAGCCGAAAGCCUUGCGCGACAACUCAUCCCUUGAUGAUCGCGGACAAGUGACUCCCCGGAGUGACUCGCUGGUUGACCAACUCCAUAGCUUUUUCGAGCAGCGCAAACGUAAAGAUGAUGACCCGCUCCUUUUACAAGGUCAGCGAGAGUCCGGCACCAAGCUGUUCAUAUGUCAGCAACCCGAACUUCUAACUGCGUAUACAGACAAUAUCUCGCUUGCUCAACGGAUCGCUCACAAACCUAGUCCGCCAGCCAUCGGAGAUGCUAAGCACCAGCCAAGCGGUCCCAGCCAGACCUCUGCCGGCUGUAUGAAAUAUGACGAUCAACGAUUUCAGAAACAUGUCGCUACUACGCUUCGUAUGGAGUACAUUCUUCGCAAAAUGGUUACCUGGACCGAAGUGUAUACAGAAGAAGCGAAUUGUGCUCGCGGAUUACUCGAUGAAUCUCCACUGCGAAGAAUUGACAACCUUCAUGCAGAAGCCAGUUUGAGACAAUUUGUUCGCUACAAUGCAGAUCAUUCCCAGUGGGUGGAAAACCUACCAUCUCGUUGGAUCUUUGACCGAGAGAUGGCUGAGCGGAUCACCCAACAUUAUAAGUGGCUUAAGGCCGUGCUCUACAAUUAUCGUACAAUCUUUGAUGAAGCGCACAAAGCGGGAGUGAAUCCUUCCUGGUGUACUUCUGAGGAUCUGUGCCGAGAAGCGAAUGAUCUUCUUGAACAGAAACCGCGCCAGAAUUUCUUGCAAUACGACGAAACGAAAUGGUUGGUAGACUGGAAUGUUGACGCGCUAGGAUUUGCAAAUAGACAGAGUGACGGUGGAUUGCGGCCCAAUACUGGACCAUUACCAGUUCUCUCGCGCCUCGCUGAAAUUCUAGCUUUACCUCCGCAUAAUGAUGGCUCUGGACCCCCGAACAAAAUGAGUAAAGCCCAGAGCGCCCGCCUCUAUCCACUUGAGAUAGCCUUUCUUUUCGAAAAAAGCCAGCGAGUUCCAGGUGCAAAUAGCGGCGACAAUGGGGAAACAAAAUCCAGCAAAAUUUCCCUGACGUCUAGCAGUGCCCUGGAGAUGAGCUUCCAAGAAUGGCAACAAGAUUUCGAAGCAGAUGAGACGCAGCGACUCAAAGAACAGAUACUUAUGAAACAUUCUCACGCAGAGUUUUUAUCCAAAGGUAUAGAGCUGAACAACAAGCCUGUAGCUGGAGGAAAUGACAAGCUUAUCCGGGAAACGAAUGUUAAGUCAAAGAGAAAGCUCACGGCAUCCAAAGUAUCCCAGAAAUCGGAUCCAAAUGACUCCUCUCAACUCUCAAAUACGACGCCAAAUACAGCCGAAGACGCAGCAUUACCGCAGCACGGUCACUCGAGCUCUGACGAGACGCUGAGAAACGCAUCACCUCCAGAAUCUCCUGCAGAUCCUAGUGCCCGAGGUUUUCGGCCCCUUUCCCAGCGACCAGGCAUCAACAUCCAGAAAGAAAUAAUGAGGGAAUAUGCCGCGAAGGCUGGCAACAUCUGUGCUGACGAAGCAACAUUGGAGACAAUGAUAUUGGCUGUCCAACCAAUGAGGCAGAAAAUGGAGAGAAAACAUCCGGAGAAGUUGAAGAAUUACGAUGACAAAGUGGAAGCCUUCAGGAAAGCAUCAACAACAGCAGAGAUAGAUUAUUCCUCGAAAGAGAUGGUAGCGGCCUUUCAAGAGGUAUCAGGAAUGCCAAUGCCACCGAGUGAGCCAAGUUUCAAGAAGUGGUCCAUGAACUUAUUGGAUGAUGUCGAUCAUCCGGAGCCGCUGACCCUUGAGGGAUGGAUUCCUCAACACAAUUUGCACACGGGUGAUAACGUACUGUAUGAUUCAUUUGCUGAGCCGGAGAAAGCUCGGCUUCGGCAAGCCAUGCGAGAGGAAUUAGAGGAACGCGGGUGGUGGUUCACCGUCAAGGACGAGUUCUUGUACCGAACCAGUAGCCAGCUAUUUUCUAGAACGGACAUUGACCAAUGGAUGUUCAAUGAAGCUAUUGAGUUACAAUUAAAAGGAGCUAAAGAGAAUCCUCACGGUCACUUCAACUUGUGGGAUGAAGCGUGCAUUCCUACCUUAUCUCCAUGGGGGUUCGUCGACAAAUCAAAUGCCGCCAAAAUGAUCAAGGAGAGAUUGGCAGUAUUAAAAGUGCAUGAGGAACAAUUCAAAGAGUGGCUACUGCAACUCCAGGAGCAAUUUCCACCUCAGGAAAACUUGGUCACUAAGGAAUCGAAGGGCAAGGGCAAGGCUCCUCUCACACCCCCAACCGAGGCUGACACUCCGGCUUCUCCUACAGCUAUGGCUCUUGGUGGGAAUAAAGAUGCCUGGGGUGUUCCCACUGGCGAGACGGAAUGGGGUAUGGGCGGGAAGAAGGGGAAAGGCAAGGGGAAGAAGGCGUGA